AAAGAAGGUUUAAAUCAGUCGACUAUUUGCUGCCGUAGCGGCGGCAGCAGUAGUAGUAGAAGCAGCAGCUAACGUAACAGCAUAGGUAGUCAUAUUAACAUCAGUAGCAGCAGCAGAAGAGUAGUAGCAAUAGUAAUAGGAAGAAAACAUUGGAAGAAAAAGUCAGGGUAAUAACAGUGUAGUGGUGGUGGUGGUGGUGAUGUAUAGUAGUAGUCGUAGUAGUAUAAUGUAGUGUGUGUAGUGACGGAGUGCUAUCCUAAUCGUUUGUUGAGCACAGUCGUGCAGUAGAGUGCAGUAGACUGCGAAACGGUGUGCGGGAAAGACUGCAUUCUCGCGCGUUUACCUUCCGACCUAGUUUUCGUGCCUGGCUUUUCCGAUUUUCGAUUAUCUCUCUCUCUCUCUCUAUCUUGAUUCCUUUCCUAUUUCUCUUUCCCUUCAUCUAUCCACCUAUCUAUCUAUCUUUGUCUCUCCAUUUGCAACGAGACUGAUUCCUCGCAAGUACGGCCGGCCUCGCAGACAGACAGUGUUCGUGCGGAUCGAUCGCACUACCAAACGAUGUCGUCUUCUCCUUGACAACGUUACCAACGUUCUUUCCGUGCUUUUAAUUAUUAUUAUUAUUAUUAUUAUUAUUAUUAUUAUUAAUUCUUGUUGCGCGUUACAGUCGUGUUGUUAAUGUUAUCGCGUGUCGUGUGCCAGUUGUUGUCCAAACGAUUUCUUAUUACCGAUCUCUUACUUUCAUUCUUUCUUUCUUCUUCCUCUCUCUCUCUCUUUAUUUGAUUUAAUCAAAGAGAUAGACUCUGAUUUAGAGAUAGAGAGAUAGGAAAGGGUUUCCAAUUAAGAGAUAAGUUUGUAACGCAAAAAAAAAAACAGAAAAAAAAGAAAAUGCAAGACGUUGCUGAUAACUCGUCGAAAUCCGUAUUGCUGAACACCUUCGUUGUUAAGAAGAAGAGAUGUCGCGUGUAUUUUCAUCGUGGCACCCUCAUCUGGGAAACGGAAAGACCGCCUUAUACAAGAUGGUCGCUUCCAAUGACGGAUGUUCUUGCCGUACGUUACGGAGAUGAUUGGAUUCAUGGUGUUAAUGUUAAAGAAAAAGAAACUUCGACUUCGCCCACUUCGCCAACAGUUUGUCCAACGAAUUUCAUAUUGCAUUAUGCCGUGGCAGGACCGAAAAAUAAAUGGAGUCAUCAUAGUGUUACCAUGAGCCAUACCGAUCCUCGUCAAGUUGCUUCUUGGGUCAAAACUAUUCGAAAUUAUCUUUUAAGUAUGACAUAUCGUCCACGUAAAGUGAUGUUAUUCGUGAACCCUAUAGGUGGUAAAAAGAAGGGCCUGAAAAUAUGGGAAAAAGAUGUGCAACCUUUGAUGACCAUUGCUGGUAUCGAAACGAAAAUGAUUAUUACAGAAAGAGCUGGACAUAUACGUGAAACUCUGCUUACGUCAGAUUUGAGUGACCUUCACGCAAUCGUUUGUAUUGGCGGUGACGGUACGUUUGCUGAAGUUUUCAAUGGUCUGGUCUUGAGAGCUGCCAAGGACCAACAAAUCGAUUCAGACGACCCAGAGGCAAGGCUGCCAGCCCCUACUCUACCUGUCGGUGUAAUACCUAGUGGAAGUACCGACACUGUGGCCUAUAGUUUGCAUGGUACGACCGAUGUGCAAACAGCAACUAUACAUAUCAUUUUUGGAGAUACCACUGGUUUGGACCUUUCCUCCGUCCAUAGCAAUCAUUCCUUAUUAAGGCUUUAUGCUAGUGUCCUCAGUUAUGGAUACCUCGGUGACGUCAUACGCGACAGCGAGAAAUUCCGAUGGAUGGGUCCUCAAAGAUACGAUUAUUCUGGUUUUAAAAAAAUUAUUGCAAAUAAAGGAUACGAAGGUGAAAUACAAUUACUUUCGGAUCCUUGUCAUCCGGCAGGUAGUACUAGGUGCAUGAAAAAUUGUUCUAGAUGUUUGCAACAUAUGCACAAUAGCGUUCCCGAUAAAGAAAUUUCAAGGUGGUUGACGGUCCAAGGUAAAUUUUUUAUGGUUAACGGUGCGAACGUGUCAUGUGCUUGUUCGAGAAGUCCAAUGGGUUUUAGCCCACAUUGUCACAUAGGUGAUGGUUGUGUCGAUGUUAUUUUAGUAAGACACACAUCCUUCCUAAACAAUAUUAGAAUGUUACUGAGACUUUCUAGCAAACAAAAAACUCUGUAUGAUCUACCCUUCGUCGAGGUUUACAGAGCAAGAGAAUUCACAUUCCGUGCCCUGCCAACGUUACGUUUGCAGACUGAAAAUAAUAUCCAAAGAUCACAGAAAAAUGCAGGCCUUAGCGUGUGGAACUGUGAUGGUGAAGUUAUAGAUAAUUCUAAUGUCAAAAUAAGGGUACACUGCCAGUUGGUGAAAGUUUACACGAGACGAGCUCAAGAUGCAAUUCAAGAUUCGUCCUCUUGUUUUUGUGCCCUGUGAACGUUUAGUUAUAUUUGUUAAUACAAAAAACAAACAAUAGGAAAAUAAAAAAAGAAAAAGAAAAAAAUCUAUCUUACGAAAGAUAGUAAGUAAGUAAGUAAGUAAGGUAUGUAGAGUCAAUUCGAUGGUUUGCAAAUGGCAUACGAGAUUACAAAGUUCCUUUCAAAGCUUGCCCUCGACAAAUGGUUUGUAUAUCAUCAAUGUUUAGAUCGUUUUUUCGACGACUAAUUGACCAUCGAAUACGUCCUUAAGAUCAAAUUUUAAAAAUAAUUAUGAGUACCGAAAAAGUAUUAUAUAAAUUGUCUUGCUUUUUAUGCUUCUCAAAAAUCGUAUUAAUUUCUCUGAUAAAAAUCAGAGAAACAAUUUAUGAUUUUAUAUUAAAUCAAACAAUUAUUAUUGAUCCAAAAUAAAAAAAAAAUGAAAUUUCUUGAUCAAAUCGUAAAUUCAAAUUAAUUACACAACACAUAAUACGUGGAAUAUAAAAUCAGUUUUGAGAAACAUUUUUUCGGCACUCAUACCUGUAUUAUUAGUCAGAACUGACAAGAAAACAAUUAAACACGAUUAUUUACGGAAUCCUUUCAACCUUUUUUUCUUUUUUUUUUUUUAAACAAAUGUAAGAGAAAGUAAGAAACAUAGUAGAGAAUUUGAGAAAAGAAGAUAAAAGAGAAUAGAAUUAUAAAUAUAUUUAUUUGAAUGAAUUUCUUCCCAAAUAGAGGAUUCUGUUCUGUUCAAAGGGUCUUCUUCAGAUAAUUAUGUUACAUUAGUAUUAUUAUUACCUUCCUCCAUUAUUUUUAUUAUUAUAUUUACUAUUAAUAUUACUAUUAAGAUCGUUAAUAUUAUAUUAUCAUAAGUAUAUUAUUACUGCUGAAUUAUACAUAGGCUGAUUUAUAAAUGAAUCGAACAUAGGACAAGUGAUGAUAAUAUAAUAGUCAUUGUAUAUAGUUAAAGAAACAGAAAAAGAAAAAAAAGAUAA